AAAAUUCCACUUUGAUAGACAAAGACAAAACAAACCAUUUUGAUUGUAACGAAUACUAACGAAUUGUGGUUAUGACUUAAAAAGUUUUUAUUUAUUUUAUCCAAUUAUUGUGCAAUCCAAAUUAUUUUAUUCACUGAUACAGUAUAUUUAGCGUUUAUGAUUUUAUUUACGCGUGUAUUUUCAAUUUGGGAUUACGUUGAAAGGAAGAAUUUAUGGCGAAUAAUGAACCUUCAAGCAUGGAGGAAGGUAGAACCAAGUCCUACCUACAAAAGCAGAUGGAGCGCCUCAAAAUGCUGCAAGCGAAGCUCUCCACAGAGGCCGAAGAAGAUUACUACAUCGUCAAAACUGAAAAAAGCGGCUAUGACAGCGAGACGAGCGAGUACUCAGAGGACUCGACGGCGUACGAGGAUGCGCCGGUUGCAACCAAAAGCUCUGGGCAGAGGAAGAAUAUUAACAGGGGCCGGUGGACUAAGGAGGAGGACAAAAGGCUAAAGAUGUACGUGAAGGCGUACAAGGAGAAUUGGGAGAGGAUUUCUGCAGAAUUCCCUGACAGAUCGGAUGUGCAGUGCCAGCAGCGGUGGACCAAGGUGGUCAACCCGGAACUAGUCAAAGGACCCUGGACCAAGGAGGAAGACGAGAAAGUCGUAGAAUUGGUCGCGAAGUACGGGCCCAAGAAAUGGACGCUUAUUGCGAGGCAGUUGAAGGGCAGGAUAGGGAAACAGUGCAGAGAGAGGUGGCACAACCACCUGAACCCGUCGAUAAAGAAGACCGCGUGGACGGAGCACGAGGACCGCGUCAUCUACCAGGCGCACAAACAACUCGGCAACCAGUGGGCCAAGAUCGCCAAACUACUGCCGGGCAGGACGGACAACGCGAUAAAGAACCACUGGAACUCGACGAUGCGGCGCAAGUACGAGCCCGACCUCCUCGACAGCUUCGAGUCUCUGCGCCGCAAGCGGGUAAAGCCGCGCGCUGUGUGUAGCGAGCCCGCCUCUAACGCCUUCCACGAAUGCACUGACAAAGUCACUGUCGCCUAUAACGAUCAGUCGUGGGCGGAGCCGCCGAGCGAGCCGGCGCCGAGCAACUCGUCGAGCCAGCCGUCGCGCCACGUGCUGCACUGCCGCCGCGUGCUGCAGUCGCAGCUGCACAGCCUGCAGCCGCACAGCCUGCCGCCGCGCCGCGCCGGACUCGUCGCCGCAGACGUGCAGCUCGUCGACUCGCCCUUCAAGUUUGUGAACAUCGAAUCGUUGCCGUCUAAUUCUCCGAUCAAAAACUAUUUGUCGCAAGCCUCCGCCACAAAUGAAUGCAACCAGGACACAGUAACAUAUUCAGUGCAAGCGGACGAGUUGAAGGAGAUAGUGGUGCCGACCGUGUACACCUCGCCGAAGAAGAAACAGAUGGAGACCAACAGUCCCCCGCCGAUACUGCGGCGGAAGAAGAAAACUCAGGUGCCGACACCAACGCCUAAUCCGUGGGCCGACACGAUCAGCAAGGCGUUGGAGUGUCGCGAGUCCGGCGUGACUCCGAUCAAGGCGCUGCCGUUCAGUCCGUCACAGUUCCUCAACUCUCCCGCCGGCGUCUCCUUCUCCACCGUGGAGUCCACGCCGCUGCGACACGCCGCGCAUACUAAGGAAUGGAGCGCCAGUCCGCUGCUGCACACGCCGACGCCGGUGAACAUCACUCCCGGACCGAACCAUCUCAAAAACAACACGCCCAAAACCCCCACCCCGUUCAAGAUCGCAAUGGCGGAGAUCGGCAAGAAGUCCGGGCUGAAGUACGAGCCCUCGAGUCCUGGGCUCCUGGUGGAGGACAUCACGGAGAUGAUCAAGCGAGAGGAGAACUCCGACAGCACGGUGCAGUUGAACGAUUCAAUGUUGUCGUCUACUGCCGAUCUAGAGAAUGCUCAGGUGAACGACUCCGGCAUCGGUUCGCUGAAGCGGCGCGGCUCCGACUCGCACGGCAAGGAGAACGUGCCCGGCGCCGGUGGCGGUGGUGGCGGUGGUGGCGGUGGUGGCGCGGCGCACAAGCGCGCGCGCAAGGCGCUGGCGGCGCGCUGGGGCGCCACGAGCACGCCGCACGCGCACCACCACACGCUCGUGCCCGACGUGGCCUUCAUACUCGAGACGCCCAGCAAGACCCUCGAAGGAGACAGCUCGGUGAUGUUCUCCCCCCCAUCCAUAGUCAAAAACUCGCUCCUGGAGGAGUCCACAAGCCUCCACAGCCUGGUCAGCGUGGAAAACACACCAGACCCCAAAUUCGAAGACAUAGACAUCGAAGCGGUGAUUACAGAAAAAACUAAGAUACUAAAGGAUGGCGAGCCGAUAGUGGUGCGGAAGUCGGCCGUGAGGUCCAUCCGGUUCGAUCAGCUCCCGGCGGAGCAGGAGGAGGAGAAACCGCUGCUCAAUCCGCUGGGAGACAGCAAGUGGGAGAUAUACGCUUGCGGUAAAACUCAAGACCAGCUCGAGCUGACAUUGUUGGCUCAUCGGUUCCUCAGGAAGACUGCGCUGAAACCGCGGACGCUCAACUUCUAGCUUAUUUUGUCAUUUAAAGUGGCGCCCUCUGGUGACUGCGUUUUUGACAUUGGCUUGGCCAAACAACCGUUUAAUUUGUUUGUAAAAAUUUAAAGAAAUUAUGGCUCCUUUGCCAGGGAUUAAGUUUAAAAGGUUCAUAAUUUUUAAAAAUUAAUGCAAUACAAAUGUAUGCUUUUUAAAAAAUAAACAAUGCAUGUCUGUUUUGGGUAACUGUAUCAGAUUUGAUAAAGUUAUAAUUUACCAUUUGUGGUAUUGUUUUUAAAUCGUGUCGAAAAUGUGUGACUAAGGUUAUACUUUAAGAAUCCAAAAUGUUUGUAUCAAAAUCAAUGUUGGAUGCAAUGUUUGAUCCAAGCAUAGUUAACAACUGUAAUUGUAAAUAUAAAAAAGUUUGUGAUUCUAGUUCAUAAGAAUAAUUUAAGCGCAAUGAUUGAUGUAAUAUGAAACGAGCAAUUUUUAUUUAUUUUGUUUUUUUUUCUAUCGGAUUUUUAAUUUUCCUCGUUACUUCAUAUUGUGUCAAGUCCAUGUUAAUUUUGUGAUAGAUUUUAUUGGAUGUGUGAAUUGUGUGUACAUAAACCCUUACUUAUAAACAUAUUGAUGAGAGUUUCUUCUUUUUCACUGUAGUGUCAUUAAAAAAUAAAAAAAAGUAAAUGAAAAAUUAACAAUGUCUCAAAAUUUGUAUUCCACUUCAUAUUAUACAAAAACAUUCCCUAUUUAAACGUUUUUUUUUUCUUUUUUCGACUAAAACAGGUUUUUUCAAGUUGCAAUAAUUAAACAUGCUACUAAUUUAUAAGUAAGGGUAUUUAUGCUUCGGCGUUGCUUUAUGAAUGUAAAAUUUUAUUUCAGUGCCUAAUUGUACUUCCAAACAUGGGUCAUGGAUACUGCAUUAUUUAAACUAAAAUUAAUGAAAAAAAAUGUCGAAUGAAAAUGUAUGGAAUUAUGUAAAGAGAUUAGUAUUUGAAGAUAUUCGAAAAAUCUAGAUUUAGUUUUAUUUUACCCAAUUCCAUUAAUGUGUGAAGGAUAUUCCUAUUGUCAGUGACGUUAUCUACCAAACUAUUUGAUUUACGUCCGUUUUCAAUAAACGAGUCCAAUUAACCUUUGAUCACGAGAAUGAACCAAUCAAAACAAGCCAUUUGUGCGCAUGUCAAAAAAGCUUUAUUCGGAUUGGCGUAUUUAGGCGGAAGAUCGAAAAAGAGAUAGGAAUUGUUGAUUGAAAACGUAAUUUUAUUCUUUUAUUAUUUAACUCCGCUGGUUCCGGGAUUUUAAUUAAGAUAAUUUUUAUUCGAACGCUUUAGAAAUUUAAAAUCGCAUGGAUUGUUCUAAACAAUACAUUUUUAUGUGCCGUUUUAUUGUUUAAUUAAUGUAAGCUCUUAGUCAUAAAAUUAAGGUAUAUUUUUAUUUAAAAGAGUACAAAUAGGGGAAUAAGAUUGCAAUGUAAAUGGUACUCAAACUUUUGUUAGCCCCCAGGAACAAACGCCUCUUUAUAGAGAGGGAAGUAAUGCCUAAAUAAUAAUAUAUACACUUUUUGCUAGAAGUUAAUGCAGAAACCGCUGAACGGAUUUGUAUGUUUGAGAUAUAUUUUAUAUCCGCCCGGAUAGCGACCACCGUACACAAGGUGUUAAAACCCAUAGUGGCUCACAAGUGUGUCACGUUCCGGGAUCAGCCUGUGUAUAUCCGGUUCCAACAGGCCGGCAUAAUUGUGUCGACUGUCGGAGGUAAUCAUCUCUCAUCAGUCGACAUUCUAAUGGACCCCACUCUACUUACCAUCAGGUGUAGUGGAGUCACUUUGCUGCCUGUAUAAAGAAAAUAACCUAGUUUUAAUUUUUAGAAAAUAAAUGUCACACAAGUCAAUUAGUCUGCCUAUAGUAGAUAUGUUAAUUGCAUUCAAUAAUUGAGUUUAGUUAGAGAUGGAUAAAAUAUUGUCAUUUUGUAAAAUAAAUCAAAAAAUUGUAACAAUUGUAUAUUAACUACUGUUUGUUAUAAGAAUAAGAAAAUUAACUCCAUACCUUCAUCCUUCAAAUACAAUCAAGAUAACGAAUAAAGUUGGAAUUGAAAUUUUAUUUUUAUUUUUAACAUCUAUUAUGUUAAAUUUUGUGAUUUUAAGUUGAAUGUAAUAAAAGCUGGUUUUAAAAUUUUAAUCAUAAAUGAAAUACACCAACAAAUGAAAUGCCUUUUAAAGAUUUACUAACAGUAUUGAAAAUAUAAGAAUUCUUUCUGUUUUGAAUUAUAUUAGUAUACAAACUAAUCUCCAUGUUCUUUAGAAGGUAUGAAAUUUCUACGAAAUGGCGUUUGGAACAAAGUUUGAGUACCACAACACAAUAUACCGUUUUAGAGUAAUUUAUUUUAAUUGUUGACCGCAUCGGCGUUUAAGCGAAGACUUUUUAGAAAUUUUACUAUGUGACAACGAGUAGCUUGUAUUGUAAAUAUUAGGUAAGGUAAAUAAGGAAAUAAAGGAUUUCGAGUAUAUAUUUUCA